UCCUUUUAUUUUUGUCAUGUUGGAGGAAUAGGGCGCGUUUUUGUCUUUGGGUCGUCUCCAUACGUGUGUAGGGUCGGUGGUUGAUACUUGGUUCUCACUGCUCACCACCCCACCGUCCCCCGGCGGCCGGGACCUCUGACGCUGCUGUCAUGGCGCUGGCUGCGGGGGCUGGCGGCAGGAGGAAAGUUUGUUAUUACUAUGACGGUGACAUUGGAAACUACUAUUACGGCCAGGGACAUCCCAUGAAACCACAUCGAAUCCGUAUGACUCAUAAUCUAUUGCUGAAUUAUGGCUUAUACCGAAAGAUGGAAAUUUAUCGGCCACAUAAGGCUAUAACUGAGGAGAUGACAAAGUACCAUAGCGAUGACUACGUCAAAUUUCUGCGGUCAAUACGACCAGAUAACAUGUCGGAGUACAGCAAACAGAUGCAAAGAUUUAAUGUUGGAGAAGAUUGUCCUGUAUUUGACGGAAUGUUUGAAUUUUGUCAGUUAUCAACAGGAGGUUCAGUCGCUGCAGCAGUAAAACUCAAUAGGCAACAGACUGACAUUGCAAUCAACUGGGCUGGAGGCCUUCAUCAUGCCAAGAAAUCUGAGGCAUCAGGUUUUUGUUAUGUCAAUGAUAUUGUUCUCGCCAUCCUUGAAUUGCUGAAAUACCAUCAGAGAGUUUUGUAUAUUGACAUUGAUAUCCACCAUGGAGAUGGUGUGGAAGAGGCCUUUUAUACAACAGACCGUGUAAUGACUGUAUCAUUCCAUAAAUAUGGUGAAUAUUUCCCUGGCACAGGCGAUCUUCGGGACGUAGGGGCAGGGAAAGGUAAAUAUUAUGCUGUUAACUUCCCAUUGCGAGACGGAAUUGAUGAUGAAUCUUAUGAACAGAUAUUCAAGCCAAUUUUGACCAAGGUAAUGGAAAUGUAUCAGCCCAGUGCUAUUGUACUGCAGUGUGGAGCUGAUUCAUUGUCAGGAGACAGACUUGGAUGUUUCAAUCUCACACUAAAGGGUCAUGCUAAAUGUGUGGAAUUCAUAAAGACUUUCAACUUGCCCCUGCUGAUGCUCGGAGGUGGAGGAUAUACAAUCCGCAAUGUUGCUCGCUGUUGGACGUAUGAGACUGCUGUAGCACUGGAUACUGAAAUUCCAAAUGAAUUACCAUACAAUGACUAUUUUGAGUACUUUGGGCCAGACUUCAAACUGCACAUCAGUCCUUCCAAUAUGAUGAACCAGAACACACUGGAAUAUAUGGAAAAAAUUAAACUGCGUUUGUUUGAAAACCUACGCAUGCUACCACAUGCUCCUGGUGUUCAGAUGCAGGCAAUCCCAGAAGAUGCUAUUCAAGAAAAUAGCAGAGAAGAGGAACAGGAAGAUCCUGACAAACGAAUUUCAAUCCGAGCAUCUGAUAAGCGAAUAGCACGUGAUGAGGAAUUUUCAGACUCUGAAGAUGAAGGAGAAGGAGGCAGAAGAAAUAUUACACACCACAAGAAAUGUACAAAGCGAGCCAGAAUUGAAGAAAAGAAAGAACCAGAAGAGAGAAAACUUGAUACCAAAGAGGAAGACAGAUCUAAAGAUAGCAGUACAGACAUAACUGACGAAAAGGGGAUCAAGUCUGAGCAAACCAUCAAAUAGAAUGAGAAAAUGCUGUAAAUAUUCUCCAGGUUAGGUAGCAUCUGUGAAGAAAGAAACAGAGCUAUUACUUCAGAUCAGUGUUCUUUCAUCAGAGCCUAUGAACAUUGGAGCCCGCUUAGUGUAGCAAAUGGAGAUCAUAUCUCAAAGAAACAUUUCUGCUUUUGAAGACUCAAAACUUUUUGUACUUUUUCAAGUGGACCACGUAUUUAUUUCAAAACCGGGCAUUUAUGUUGGUCAGUUUUUUUUUUCUUGACAUUCUGAGAAACAAGUACAAACAGUCCUAAUUAUGAAAUUGAAAGAAAGGUGUAGUUUUGACAAGCAUCCUACCCAUGUUGCAAAUGAUAACAUUUGUAAUUAAUGUUUCAUAACCAAACAAUUUUGCUUUUAAUCGACCUAUUUGUUACUUUGUUGAAAACUCCUUUUACUAUCUUUUACACACAUUUGUAAUUAAAUGGUGUUACAUAACUAAAUAGUGCAGGAGUGUAUGUGAUAUUGAAAGACAUUUACACAAUGGUAAAUAUUAAGUACCACCAUGAUUUCUCUCUUUGCAAUUUAAUGGCAUUUUCAAUACUAGAUUAUUAGGGUUUUUACUUAGUAUAACAAUACAAGAAAAACAUUAUGUUUGUAAGCAUCAAUUUCAAGCUAAAAAGCCAUCUACUUGAUCAACGCAAUGUUUUUAGGUAUUUUAAGGAUUAAAGCGAAAUUCAGAAUUGUGAGUGGAAGGACUGAUGGAACUCUGUUUUGUAUGUUCCUGAAGCGACUAGUGCUGGUACAGAGAAACUGUCAGCUAUCUGUGUGGGCAAAAUCACUUGACAAGAAGAAUAUUAGUUUUCCUGGUCAUUUAUUUUCCAACCAGUUAUUUUGCUGCUAUGAUAUGGGGGGUGGGGGGGAAUGUAAUCUAAGGUUCAAAGCAUUUAAUACCAUUUGAUUGUCCUUUCCUCAUAAUCUAACAUCUCUUGUCACUUAAAUCUUCACUUCCUUUUGGCUCCCCUCUCAGAAUCUCUCAAUAUCAAACUUAAGUGGGUUCCAAGGCCUUUCAGUAUCAUGCCAUUUUACUUUUGGUCUAGUAACAGUGGGCAGAUUUGCACUUCAGUAUAGUUCAAUAAUGUAGUGAUUUUUGUUGUGAAUUAUAUAUGAUCUCAUUUAGCAGUGCCUCAGUGUUUUGCUCUUGAAAAGCUGGAGGCUAGAAUAUGAUCCUUGCUGUUUAUAUGAUGCACAUGCAAAGUUAGUGGAAGUCCAGAAGUUGCUGUCUGAAGUAUCUUGUUCCUCCAGAAAUUGACUCACCAAUCAAAUGCAUUGAUUGCUAUGAACUUACUGACUUGCCUCAGAAAAAGGUUGAUAAUUGUCCACCUGCUGAACCAGGUGUCUUAAUUGCUGUAAAACAAUAUCUUUGGUAUUGCAAAUUACCUUUUACAAGUUUGGAGUCUUAUUUGUUCUGUUAAUGGAGUUUUUAAAAAGGUAAAAAAACUUUUCUGUUUACUUUCCAAUUUUAUUUUUCAUGUCUCUCUCAAUUCAAUCUCAUCUCUUAUGCUUUCUGUACCAAAUUUGUCAUUACAUUAAAUAUUCUAACUGAUAUUAAGCUCAGUUUCUGCACUUCUCAUUAAUCUUCAGUCUAUUUAAGGAAAUGCACAGAGGUCCUGGAUGUCCUGUUGAGACCACAGUGCUUUCAAGAUGGUUUGUUGACAGCAAUAUGCCCUUUAGAAAGUCAAUAGGCAAGUUCAUGGCUAACGAGUGGCAUUGCUGUUUAUUUUAUGUUUAAAAAAAAAUCAAUCUUAUGUUUUUGGAGCCUUUAGAAUUAGUACAGCUGUUGCUAUCAGAAUUAGUACUGUAGAAAUGUUUACAGGUUUGCAUAUUUCUUGCACUAUUUGGGUUUGUUGAAGACUGGUUGGUCCCAUAUUUUUUGCAUUAGAACUUUACUAAAGCAUGAAAAGGUUGCCAGAUAUAAAUCCCAUUGAUAGGAAUGGAAAUUACUACUCCUAUGUUUUUCAGUUUGAUGUUUCAAAAUCAUACUUUUUUUUUACCCCCGACAAAAAAAAUAUGUGAGCAAUUCAUCCUGAGCGAAGAAGUAAAGAACAUUUGUUUGCAUGUUUGUUUUUUUUUUAAAUUGUACCUGCAAAAUUUUUUUGUCUGAAAUGUCCUGUUCCUCCAGAAAUCGACUCACUUAGCAAACAACUGAAGCUCCUAUAUUUAAUUAAUAUUGGAACAUAUUUGAAAAUGAUCUUAAAUAUUAAAAAUGCAGAGGUAUGUUGUAAAGAUUGAGGUGUAUUUUCAUGGUAAGAUAGGAAAUGUACAUUUCUAAUAUCUGGCAUAAUGCAGUGCUCCACUAAUAAUGUUUUUUUUCAAGUAGUCUCAUCAAGUGCAGAUGAAACACGACCAGGGUCUCAGGUUCAAGUACAGAUUAUCCAAAUGGGAAUUUAGUAUUAAGAUUCCUACUACCUAAAAUCUCGAUCUUAACAAUAAUUCUGUAUGCUUCAGAAUUCUAAAUAUCAUCUCUGCUGUUAUUAAAAAUGGUUGGGAUAAACAAAAUUCAUUUAGCAUUCCAGUUGUGUUGCAUGUGCCAACACUGCAAAGAUCUAUAGCCCCUUGAGGAUAUAGAAUGUGAUUACCAGAGAACAAGGAGCACAAGCAGUGUGGGUCAUUAAUAUUGUAGUGACUAGACGGAAUGCCUUCAGUAUAUUCUCAUUAUAUCUACAUUAUACUGUGAAAAUACCUCACUGUACACAGACAUAAGAAAUAAAAUUCACUUUUUCUCUUGCUGGUUCCAAUUAAAGUGAUUGAUUUCUGACCCACGUCUUUCAAAUGACUUAUACUUCAGUGAAGAGGCCAUUUGGUUUUGUGUUAAGGAAUAUCCACAGCGUGCAAAAUUGAAUAGUGCAACAGAAAUUUAUGUUCAACAAAAAAGCUUUUGAAACAACCUUCAGUGACUAAGUGAU